AUAGGACAAAUCCUAUUUUAGAGUGAUCUUGAUUGCAAUUUACCCUAAUAUUUAACCAAUGAAAGUAUAUUCGAACUCAGAAGAUAAGGCGGAAGCAUUGGCAAAACAGCCAAGAAAGCGCCAUGGAAGGGAAGCUAUCCUCCGUGGCUAAGAAUUUUACUCCUUCUCCAAUACAAGAGCUCUCACAGCUUGCUCAGAAAUGCAACGCCAUUAACCUUGCUGAGGGCUUCCCUGAUUUCCCUGCUCCUCCUUGUAUCAAAGAAGCUGCUGUUUCAGCCAUUAAUAACGAUUUCAACCAGUAUAGGCGUGUGCAAGGAAUUUGCGAUCAAUUGGCUCUUAAAAUGAAAAAAACGCAUGGUUUAAACGUUAACCCUUUGACUGAUAUAGCUAUAUGCUGUGGACAAUCUGAAGCAUUUGCUGCCGCAAUUUUCUCCAGUAGGUUUUCUUUGCAAUUAAUGAUUUUUUUUUCUUUUUUGUUUAUUUUGUCUAUAAUUGUAAAUUAUGGGUUUAUAUGGAUAGUUAUAAACCAAGGAGAUGAAGUGUUGUUGUUUGAUCCUUGUUAUGAAACUUAUGAAGGAUGUAUAACCCUGGCAGGAGGAAUUCCUGUAUAUGUGGCGCUUGAACCGCCUCAAUGGACCUUGGACCCUGAAAAAUUGAUGAGGUCUUUCACUAGUAGAACAAAGGCUAUAGUAUUAAACAGUCCACACAACCCAACUGGCAAAGUUUUCUCCAGAGACGAGCUUGAAAUUAUUGCUGAAGGUUGUCGCCGAUGGGAUUGCGUGGCUAUAACAGAUGAAGUAUAUGAAUACAUAACAUAUGACAACCAAAAGCAUGAAACCAUUGCCAAACUACCAGGAAUGCAGGAGCGGACAAUUAUAACAUCAUCCUUGUCUAAAACUUUUAGUGUUACAGGAUGGAGAAUUGGAUGGGCUAUUGCUCCAGCUUCUGCUGCUUCUGCAAUCCAAAACAUUCAUAUCCGAAUUACUGAUUCAGCUCCAGCACCUUUCCAAGAAGCUGCCUUAACUGCUUUGAGAAGCCCCAUUGAAUACUUCAAAACGCUGAGAGGACAGGAAUACGAGUUAAAAAGAGAUUUCUGUAUGAAGUUGCUCGGUUCAAUCGGUUUUCGGAUUCAGUUUAAGCCCCAGGGUUCCUUAUUUCUGUUUGCAGAGCUUCCAAAGGAUUGCUUGCUCUCUGAUGUGGAAUAUGUGGAGGAAUUGAUAAAACAAGCAGGCGUAGUGGUUGUGCCAGGACGUGGAUUUUUCCAUGGAAAUGAAAGUUGCAACUAUCAAAAGAGAUAUAUUAGGGUUGCAUUCUGCAAAAGUGGAGCCACACUCAAUGCUGCAGCACAGAAGUUUGGUGAGCUUAUUAAUGCUAAAGCUUGUCCCAAGAUACUUUACUAGAGAAAAUAACGCUGUUUUUUCACAUUCGACCCAAGCCUGAUAAUAGUGGACCACUGCACUUGGAAAGUGAGUGACAAGUCACAUCGUUACAGUUUACAAUUCACUUUCCCUGGCCUUUUCUUUUUUUCUUUGAAAAAGGAAUAUCUGCCUUUCAUGUUGGGAUAAUAAGAUUUUUUUAUUUUUUAAAUAUUUUGUUUUAGCUCCCUUAUGUUUAAAAUUUACUUCAAUUUGAUCCUUUAUUCGUAGUUUUUUAUUAUUAUUUUGAUUUAGUCUUCAUUUUAAAUUAAA